AACGCGGACGAUUGGGGAACCCGCGGUCUGCUUGAUCUACGGUUCCAGUAACCAUAACGCCGUUCCGUUUCCUCUACACGGCCCGUCCUAACCAUUGACGAUUACGCGGCUCCCCGUCGCCCCUCUCGGCCUUCAAAUCAGGAUCCCGCUCGCACGUCCCCUCGCUCAAAUCCUCCUCUCCAAUCUUUCACGAAACCCAGCAACGAUGUGGAGAUUGUCAUCGGCUUCCCGUCUAGUCAGAAAAUCACUCACCGGAGUUCCGACCAGGUUGUCAACCCUAUGGCCGGCGUCCGACCAACAGCAGCAGCCUCGACUGACCCUACCGUGGGCUCAUCCCUCAUCCUCGGCGUCCUCUACCUUACAAGAGGGCAACAGAAGUGAGGAAUCGAUGACGUUUGCGGAGGCGAAGAGGCUGAUGAAGUUGGCGAACGUGGAUGCGUUGAAGAGAAGGCUUGGGAUGGAAAGUGAGGAGGUGAUUGGAUACUCGAAACUGCUUGAGGCUUGCGAGGGGAUUGGGGUGGCGAGGAAUAAGGAGGAGGCGAAGGCGUUUGCUAGGGUUUUGGAUGAGGCCGGUGUCGUGCUGCUGUUCAGAGAUCGGGUUUAUCUCCAUCCUGAAAAGGUCGUGGAUCUGGUAAGAAGGGCAGUCCCCCUUUGUUUGACGCCUGAGAAUGAUCCUAGGCUUGAAGAGCUAAAUAAGCUACAGAAUAAGAAGGAAGAAAUUGAUAAGCUUGCACACAAACAAGUUCGUUGCAUUUUGUGGUCAGGGCUGGGGUUCUCUAUUGGACAGGUUGUUCUCUUCUUCAGGCUCACCUUCUGGGAAUUCUCCUGGGAUGUAAUGGAGCCCGUGGCAUUCUUCACCACCGCAGCUGGAAUCAUUGUUGGUUAUGCUUACUUUCUUUUUACUUCAAAGGAUCCAACAUAUCAGGACCUGAUGAAGAGAUUGUUCCUGUCAAGACAAAAAAAGCUGUUUCAGAAGAAAAGUUUUGAUAUGGAAAGGUAUAUGGAACUGCAAAGACACUGCGGAUCCCCAUUGGAUCAUCAAACUGUAAUAGCGGGUGCAGAAAAAUUCCAGAGGAACUAACAUUUCUUUGACCAGGAGGCUAUCCCCCAGAUCCUUUUUAAUAUUCUUCUGGGGCUGUUCUACACGGAUCAACAGGAAAGAUUCAUUGAUUGUUGUUGUAAAGAAGCUAACAGAUUUUCCUUUACUGUUUCAACUUCGAAAUUGUUGUGAUUUUGAGUGGAACAGAGCAACUUCACACUUCUUACUUGAAACUUUAUAUGACAAA